AUGACUACUGGGGGCCUUGGAUACCUAAUUUAUAGCUCGUCGAAUAAAUCUGGAUGCGACUCUCGCCUGGUUAUCAUACUAUACGCCACUGGCUAUACUCGCAUAUCACUCUUCGACUCACCACCGGAGGCUGAUUUCUAUAUCUCAAACAUUACCGAGUGGAGAAAGGAUAUCCCCACACCCCUUGGCUCUGGACAGGACUUUUCUUUUUCUACAGACUGCCAGGAUAUGCACAGCACUGAGCUCUUUGACUUCAAGGACACUGCCUCCCAGUGCAGCAUGGACAGCGCAUAUCAAAGCCAAACUAGCGCAAGCCGGCGCGGAACCAAGAGACCACAGCCCUACUCCCAGGACAGCCAGAGCACAAUGGGUGCUCACUUUGUUGGCAGCGACAUCUACUCGCCAUCGAUGAGCUCUGACAGCUACAACGUCUUCCAGGAUAUGAACCAUAUGCAACUUCCCGCUGCCUGGGAUGCCCAUGAUGGAUCCAUGGGAAUUGCUAACUACUCUACUGGGCAGGAUUUCCCCCUCUACCCAACCUCGAACGUCUCGCAAUUCAACCCCACAUCCACUCUCAACAUCUGGGCGCCCGUCAAUACGCAAUUCCAGAACGCGUCCUACAACUUGACAUCCUACCCCACAGACUCGAACGAGACGAUGUUCACCACCGCAGCGCCAGUGCAGCGCCAGUGGAACAACGUGCGCCCUACCCCCGUACGCAGCACGUCGUCCUACACUGCACAGCAAGCCUCAAGGCGAACUUCCUCUAACGAUGCUGGCUUCAAUGCCUUCGUUGCUUCUCCCACCAGUACAGCCAGCGUCCAGCUGCCUCAAGCUGUCGACUUCGAGCAGACACAAUACGUUGAGCAGAAGAACGACACAGGAGAGAGCACUUCUACUUCUCUUGCACCACAGUCUCUGAACGGCCACGAAGAUGUUCAGUCUCCUAUUGACGCGACCGAGGCCAAGCUUGAGGAGGAGCGCACCAAGAUUGCUCGCAGCCACGUCCUCUACCAGCAAGGGCCCGACAAGGACGGCAAGUACCACUGCCCUGAGGAGGGCAAGCCUGGCUGCACUCACAAGCCUACACCUCUGAAGUGCAACUACGACAAGUACGUCGACUCGCACCUGAAGCCUUUCCGCUGCAACAAGAAGACCUGCGUUGGCGUUCAGUUCUCCUCCACUGCCUGCUUGCUUCGUCACGAGCGUGAGGCGCACGGCAUGCACGGACACGGUGCAAGGCCUCACCUUUGCCAUUUCCAAGACUGCGAGCGUGCUGUACCUGGACACGGCUUCCCUCGCCGUUACAACCUCUUCGACCACAUGAAGCGCGUCCACCAGUUCGAGGGCCCCACCACUGAGCCUUCCCCUCCUACUAUGCAGGGCCAAGCACAGCGCAAGCCCGUUUCUCGCAAGCGCAAGGCUUCCGUAGAGGACAUCACCGAGAAGCGCCAGAAGGCCAUCAAGCUCACUGCUGAGCAACAGCUCCAGCAGCGCCGCGACCAGCUUGCACAAGACUUCAUCAGCAAGAAGCAGCACAUCAUCGACUUCCUGACCAAUCUUGCCGGUCCUAACGAGCUAUCUGACGACCUCAAGCUCAGCCAAGACGUCAUGGCGCUACACGAUAUCAGCACCAAGUUCAGGAGCAGCUACGGCGGCUGA